AUGGAUAUUCAUAGGAAGUUCACGGAUAAGGUCAAGACACAUCCAAAGUACUUUCAAAUAUUUCUCGUCAUUUUGGUUGUGACGUUCGCAAUAAUUAUUCUCAUUGCAGGAGUACUGAAAACCUCUCUCCUAGAGUUACAUGCUCCUGACGAUGAGUAUGAUCUAUAUUUGAUUUAUUAUUUUGAAGGUUGCAGGUCAAUAGUUAACGGCAAAAACGACGGAUGCUAUAGCCUUGCAAAUGGUGGACUACCCGCAGUUGUUUCGGAAGAUACUCCAAUUUCUGGACUUCCAAAUCUCAAAAUCAUCUUCGCCUUAUUUUUUCUGAGUGGCCUCGCCCAUCUCGCCCAUGGCUUGUUCGGCAUAAAAGUCCAUCUGAAUGAUCUACAUCACCCUAAAAUCGAGAAUACUAUGGCUUUUAUAUCCUUCUUUACUUUGCUUGCGGCUGCAAUAGCCAGUCCAUGGAUCUUGCUUGAUUACAAGUGCCAAAUCCAGUCCAUUAGCAAUGACAACAUUACUGUUAAAGUCGGCACUAGCAUUAUUGGAUUGGGGUUCACGGCUGUGCUCUUCAGUCUCGUGAGUAGGGAGAUCCUGAUUGUGGGGACACUUAAGAAUGAGAGAGCGAUCCACGCGUUUUCGGAUACUCCAAGAAACGGUGAGGAUACACGUCGAUAUUCUCUAGAUGACGGGGAUUCAAUUCAAUCUGGACCUGAUGAUGAGGCUGAACGGUUACAGAUCCCGGUCCACAAUAUUAGGCAAGAUCACCUCGGGCCUAUUUCGAGAGGGGACCCGGCCUCGAGGGAAAUGUCAAUGCCCCCUGGAAUGAGAAUAGUGUCGCCUCCAGAUCCAUAUAUAAGGGAACCUCGAGGGCACCCACCUCCACCUCCAUCCCCACCUCCACUUCGAGUUGAAUACGCACGGGGACCUUCAGGACCUUCAGGACCUCCACCUCAAAUGCAUGCAGGAUACGGACGUGGCCCAGGUUGA